UCAUGAUCUAUGCCAGCGCGGGCACACACCGUUGUGGCGCAAGAAAGUGUCCGGUUCGAGAGCGCGAGCGCUUUUCGUUUGGUUGUCGCAAGCUUUGCUUCGGCUAUUUCUGCAAAUAUCGAGCCUAUUUUGCCUCCGUCCAUCUGACUGUCUGUCUGUCUGUCAAUAUGCAGCUGCUGCAACGGAAAAAGACUGACCCGAGCUUCGUGAUCAGCAUCGAGAGCGGUGUUGAGGAGGUGCGGGAACCUAAGGUACACGAGGAAUGUGACUUUCUGGUGGAUGUGCUCACCGGCAAGCGGUCGGUGUCGCCCGAUUUCUGCUGCAAGAUGCUGUACAUGAUCUUCUGCACCUGCUUCACGAGCGAUGGCGGCGCGAGCCAGCGACCGAAGCUAGCGUCGGCCAGUGUGGCAGCGGCCGCACCGCAAACCAGCAAUACACAGCGACCCCUAACCUACCAAACGAUCUGAGCGUGGGACGGGCGAGAGUGUUCGUUCGGGGAGUGUGUUUGUGUGAACCAAAAACGAAACGUAAAAAAGAUCAUUAUUUUUAAGGCAAUUUUUGAGAUACAGAUCAAGCCGCCUCGCCAAGCUCCCAAAAAAAGGCAUUGGAGAGACCCUCAUUGCGGCUUGGCGUGCGUGUGUCAGUGCGUAAGUGUGCGUAAGAUUGAGUUUUUCCGAGUGAAUUACGUGAUGUGUAUGUGAAAGAAGAUUCAACUUCAAACGUCUGAAAUCCGUUCCUGAAGAUCGGUUUCAGUGCAACAAAAAUCAUACCUUUUUCGCCCGAUAAGUCAGUGUCUAUAUCUAAGUUAGUUUCGCCCCGAUGCCAAUGCGUCCUCAGGAACUCAAACCUGAGAAAAUGGCGUUUCGUAAUACCUCUAAUUCUACAAUCAGUGUUGCAAUAGGGGAAAACCAAGAGAGGUUACGUUGAGGAGCGACGUCACUUUUCUGAAAUAUAAUGAUGGUAGAAGAUUAAUAACCGUUGUGUGUUGUGUUGUUCUGUUCUGUUCUGUUCUGUGCCGCCGCUGUGAUGGUGAUGCGCGUACUGCCAUGCGCGUAACAAUGUCGCAAAAUGUCGGGAGAUCAAGGGGCUAUUGUGCAGGUUGAUUCAGUGCAUUCAGUGCAAUGAGUGAGCAAUUUUUCCACUCCAACUGUCGCUUGUUUAAUGAGCUCUCGCGACGCGGAGGUUUGUUUCGUAAGAUUUUCAGCCAACCGCGGUCGUUACGAUUCGACAACCGGCAUUGUUCCGGCUCGAUGGUGCCAUCUUUGUUGAGUUGAAGUUUUCCAUAAAGGGCAAAUAAAAA